GUGGUGCUUUAUUUCUAUUUUUUAGAGACUUAUCAAAAUUAGCAAAGUGCUUAAUUGUAACACUUGCAUACAUAAAUAAAAUAUGACUGGAAUAAAACAAAUUAGAAAUAAAAAGUUAUUACCUGAUUUACGAAAAGAAGGGGAACUAACAAAGGAAAUUGUUCUAACUACAAAAGAUAAAUACGGUGUUCCAGCGGGCUCUCGACUUUUUUCCCACCAUACAUUAGCUAGCGUUAGGAAAUUGAGUUUUUACCAACCCUUCUUUUUGCCAGAGGACAGUUUGGAUAUAGUUUUAACGGCUACCUACAAUCACUCAACGGAACGUUUUGCAGACAAAGAGGACUUGUAUUUACAACCAGAAACCAUAGGAUGCGAAACAUGGCGACGCCUGAGGAACACAUUUGAUAAAUUUCCACCUGUACCAAUACCGCUCGGUCAUCCAAUGAAGAGAGGAGGCGUUACGGAACGUAAUUCGCCUUUCAGCGUGAAACUCAUGAAUUCCGGUGUCCACUCUUCCCAAACCAAUCCAGGAUACAGCAGACAGCCAGCCGGCGGCGCAAUAUUCUUUUAUUAACAAUAUUUUUAAACAAAUCUUUAU